UCAUAUGAGAUCGGUUUGAAGACUGAUAGAGAUGCUUUGGUGCAGCUCCAAAAUACAAGACUAGCAAUAAGUAGAUUAUUUAACACUAUACUCAAUAACACAAAAGGUUUCAAGUUUGUGGAGACGUUAAAAGUUACAUUUGUAAAGAGAAAGGAUGAUGAUAAUAUAUACAAGCCAGCUUGUUUUAAUAGUCGGGUGCUAAUAGUAAUUAAUCCUAACGAUUUUUUAUCAAGCAUGCAAUUAUCACAGCAACAAAUAUUUAAUGGGAUUGGCGUCUGGUUGUCUGAGGGUAGUGGUUGGACUGUUAGUAGUAUCGAUGAACAUUUUAGAAAUACAAUAGUGUAUGAGCCAAUGAGAGGUAAUUCCUAUAUUCCUCUACUGGCGAAGUUACAGAACUCUGCUAAGGGGCUAAUCAAUUUACAAAAUAAGGAUAAUGAAUGCUUUCGCUGGUGUCAUAUACGAUAUUUGAAUCCACAAAAUGAUCAUCCCCAGCGGAUUAAAAAGAUUGAUAGAAAAAUGGUCCAGGAAUUAAAUACCAAGGAGUGGAAUUCCCUGUCGCUGCUAAACAUUAUGGUAAAAUAGAAGAGCAAAAUAGCAUUAAUAUUAAUCUGUUUGGUUAUGAGAAUGAGCAAUUUUAUCCAAUUCACGUCUCAAAGCAUAAAAACGAGAAAGUAUUGAACCUGCUGUUGAUUACACACAGAGAGAAGCAACAUUAUGUCCUAAUUAAGGAUUUUAAUAAGAUGAUGUAUAAUAAGACCAAACACAAGGAGCGAAAGCAUUUUUGUAUGUAUUGUCUCCAGUGUUUUAGCACUGAUGAGAUACUGACAAAACAUAAGAGCAAUUGUAUGGUAAUAAAUGGGAAACAGGCAAUUAGGAUGCCUAAGGAGGGCAGUAUAGUCCAGUUUCAGAACUAUGAUAAACAGAUGCCAGCGCCUUUUGUGAUAUACGCCGAUUUUGAGGCUAUUACAGAAAAAGUAUAUGGGUGCCAACCAGAUGAUGCUAAAUCUUAUACUGAUAAGUACCAAAAGCACACUGGCUGUAGUUAUGGUUAUAAAUUGGUAUGUUGUUAUGAUGACAAAUAUUCAAAAUCAGUGAAAAUUUAUCGAGGGGAGAAUUCUAUUAGCUACUUUAUGUUGGAUAUGCUCUCAGGAGUAGAAUAUUGUCAAAAAAUAAUUGCUACUGAGUUCCAAAAGCCACUCCAGAUGACGGACGAGGGGGAAGAAUUAUUUAAGGCUGCUGAGGAAUGCCACAUCUGUGGGGGGAAAUAUUUAGAUACUGAAGUAAGAGUUAGGGAUCAUUGUCACAUUACCGGCAAGUACAGAGGAUCAGCACACCAGGACUGUAAUCUGAAGCUUAGGAUUAGCCCAAAAGAGUUCAAAGUGCCAGUCAUUUUUCAUAAUCUGCGCGGGUAUGAUUCCCAUUUUAUAAUGCAAGAAAUUGGAUCAAUCGGAAAAAGUAAUAAUUUGAGCAUUAAUUGCAUCCCUAAUAAUAUGGAAAAGUAUAUGGCAUUUAUGCUAGGCAAACACUUGGUAUUUUUGGAUAGUUUUCAAUUUAUGGCCAGCAGUUUGGAGAGAUUGGCCGCUAAUUUACCCACCGAUACGUUUAAGUAUACCAGUCAGGUAUUCCAAGAUGAGAAAUUAGCAUUGAUGAAACAGAAAGGAGUGUAUCCUUAUGAUUACAUGGAUAGUUUUCAGAAGUUUGGUGAUCAGCAACUACCUCCAAGAGAGGAAUUCUAUAGUAUACUGACAGAUGACAGUAUCUCUGAUGAGCAAUAUAAACAUGCUCACAAAGUUUGGCAGACUUUUAAUAUGAAAACAAUGGGUUAUUAUCAUGAUUUAUAUUUGCAGUCGGAUAUUCUCCUAUUAGCUGAUGUUUUGGAGAAUUUCCGUAAGACCUGUCAUCAGUAUUAUAAACUAGAUCCUUACCACUAUUUCACAUCUCCCGGCUUGAGUUGGGAUGCUAUGUUGAAAAUGACCGGUACAAAAUUGGAGCUCAUGACGGAUGUUGAUAUGUUCCAAUUCAUAGAGAAGGGAUUACGUGGUGGUAUUUCUUAUAUUGCUAACCGACACGGGGAAGCUAAUAAUAAAUAUAUGAGCGGAUAUAUAUAAUUCAGAGAAACCAAGUAAGUAUAUUAUGUAUCUAGACGCUAAUAACCUUUAUGGAUGGGCGAUGUCUCAAUAUUUACCAACAGGUGGUUUUAGGUGGAUGACUGAAAAAAAAAUACAAAAAGUUAAUCUCGCUGCUUUUACAGAAGACAGAAAAAAGGGUAUGAUUUUAGAAGUCGAUUUGGAAUAUCCUAAAGAAUUACAGGAGCUGCAUAAUGAUUAUCCUCUAGCUGCGGAGAAAAUGAAAGUUACCAAAGAAAUACUCUCUCCUUAUUGCAAAAAUAGUUUGGAAUAAGCAUUGGCCAGGUUGCUAAGCUAAUUCCAACACUAUCCAGUAAAAAGAAUUAUGUGUUACACUACAGAAAUUUGCAACUCUAUCUGUCUCUUGGUCUUAAAUUGAGGAAAGUUCAUAGGGUAUUAGAAUUUGACCAGUCUCCCUGGCUCGCACAGUACAUUAAUUUUAACACCCAAAAGAGAAUGAAUGCUAAGAAUGCAUUUGACAAGGACUUUUUCAAAUUAUUAAAUAAUUCCGUAUUUGGGAAAACCAUGGAAAACAUAAGAAAGCGCGUUGACGUGAGAUUAGUGACUGAUCAGAAGAAGUUGUCUAAACUUGUGAGCAAGCCGACGUUUGUUAAUAGUAAGAUCUUCAAUGAGGACCUUGUGGCGGUUCAUAAAAUAAAAGAAACACUAACACUUGACCGGCCAGCUUACGUGGGUAUGUGCAUUUUGGAUUUAUCAAAAACUCUCAAGUAUGACUGUCAUUAUAAUUAUAUCAAAAGUAGGUACAAUAAUAAGGCUGAACUAUUAUUUACUGAUGCAGACAGUCUUUGUUAUGAGAUUGAGACAAGGGAUGUUUAUAAAGAACUUUGGGAGGACAAACAAUUAUUUGACAAUAGUGAUUACCCCAAAGAUAGUCCAUACUUUAGUGUGGAGAAUAAAAAAAUUAUCAGUAAAUUUAAAGAUGAAGCAGCUGGCAUGCCUAUUGUGGAAUUUAUUGGACUCCGCAGUAAAAUGUAUUCUUAUGUGAAAGAUCAUGGUAAAAAUGAAAAGACAGCUAAGGGUGUCAGAAAAUAUGUUAUAAAAAAG